CUUCUGACACCUCACCUCUUUUGCAUGACUCUCCGAGAAAUACCAAUGAAUCAUCAUACCAAGACAUCCGACUACUGAUGGACUCAGAGAAGACGAACCUGUUUCUGUCGGAGACGGCCCGCAUUCACAAUGUCGGGGCUGCGCUGACCACGGACCGAUCGCAAAGAAACCGGGCGGUUCGCUUAGUUGCUGCAGUCCUACUGGGACUGAUGACUAUCGGGCUCUGGUUAUGGAGUAGUAUGAACUACGCCAUUGAACAGUCGCCAAGAUAUCCUGAUUUUGAUAAGAUAGAAGCAAGUGCAACCCUCAAGUGGUAUCCUUGUCAUGAAGAACUCGGUCCACGAUUUUUGUGCUCCAAACUUCGUGUGCCCAUGGAUUAUCAUCGCCCGCUCAAUAAGUCUGGCAGCCCUCAUGUCGACUUGGCACUGGUAAUGUAUCCAGCCAGGUCAUCUAGUGAUGUCCACUGGUCCAGGACUCCGAUGCUAUUCAAUCCUGGAGGUCCAGGAGGUUCCGGUGUAGAAUUUCUACUAGGAAGGGCGCCGCAACUUCAACAGAUUGUUGGAGACGACUACGACUUAGUUUCUUUUGAUCCUCGUGGCAUAGGCUACUCGCGUCCCACUGCUGACUGCUUUGCCUUUCCAUCGAACGGCAAAGUUCCCUCGAACGAUGAUCGAGCAUAUGGUGAUUCGCAGCGCGUACUGUAUACCAACGAAUUGGCCGGCCACGGACUCUUCAACUACAGUAGCCGCUCUACACUGGACAUUGAUAGCCGUAAUAGGGCCCUGGGUCAAACUUGUGCCGAAAAGGAUGCAAUCCAGGGAGAAGACAGCCUUCUUCGUCAUAUAGCCACCCCAAAUGUCGCCCAAGAUAUGGUUUCCAUCAUCGAUGCCUGGAAGGACUGGCGUCAAACUCAAUGCGCGAGUCACAGGUCUAAGUCUGGAUGCUGCGAGGACGAGGAAUGCAUCGUCUCUGCUCAUGAGGACCCUGAAGGCAAACUUGUCUAUUGGGGCUUCAGCUACGGCACUCUACUUGGGGCCACAUUCGCCGCUAUGUUCCCAGAUCGGGUGCAUCGCAUCAUCCUUGAUGGCGUAGUGGAUGCCGACCACUACGUUAGCCCGACGUGGAGUGAAAGUAUUGUUAACACCGAUGACAUCGUGAACCAAUUUUGUCACUACUGCUAUGAGGCCGGUGUCUGGUGCGACUUGUAUCGCAAGGGCGACUCUGAGGCAGAUAUAUGUGCCCGCAUAGACAUAAUCUUCCAAUCAUUGAAGGACAGUCCAAUUCACGGCGUAGACCCGGUGCGCCAUGUUCCUGCGCUCAUCGAAUACCCGAGGGUGAAGAGUAUGCUUUUUAUAGCACUCUACGCACCAAUUCAUAAUUUUCCGUACAUUGCAAGCUAUCUGAACACUAUCUUUCUGGUAUACCAAGAACAAGGGUUCCCGUCUACGCCUUCGGUUCAGCACGCACCUAGCCUCGCUGUCGGGGUUGACUCACAAUUGGCCAUCAUGUGUGGCGACAAGCGAUACCCUCUCAACGACACGAUACCCAUUCUUGAGGAGCGCCACAGAAAGAUUGCUGAAACGUCCAACUUUGCUGAUGUCUGGAUGACACUGAUGGAUACCUGCUCUGGAUGGAGCAUACCCAGCAAGGAUCCCCCUAUGCGCUGGGACGAUCAUCCCACAAAGAAACCCAAGCCUAUCAAAACACGCUUCCCAUUACUAUUCCUGUCCAACACUUUUGAUCCCGUGACUCCUCUCGUCGCGGGUAACCUGAUGGCCCGGAAAUUUGUUGACGCCGGUCUCGUCGAGCUGAAGACUGAGGGCCAUUGCACUCUCGCCGCAGUUAGCAGAUGCAUGACGACCAAGAUCCGCGAUUACUUGAGCCGGGGUAAAGUUCCCAGCGCACCAGGAGAAUUCAUAAGCCAUGACUGGGAGACGUGUGAAGCCGAUGAGACACCGUGGAAACCAUACGAACCCAUGUACGGUCAAGAGGGUACCAGAAACGCAACGACCGACAGGGAAAUGUGGGAGAUGCACAAGACGAUGAACUCGUGGAAGCAACUCCAGGAGUUUGCGAACACGAGGGGAGACUUUGGAUACGGGAGGAACCGACUUCCUAUCCUUGGGUUGUAAUUAGGUGGAAGUAUGAGAUCGCAUACCUAGAAAUACACAGCUCCAGGAUCUGUAUGUCUGGGGUAAUUAGCCAUAUAAGCCAGAAUCCCGGUGAUUGCACUACCUCACGUGUAAACAUAUACGCACAGGCUCGUGUGCUACCGCACUCUUUCAUU